AUGCCCAAAGUCUUUCUGGUGAAGAGGAGGAGCCCGGGAGUCUCCGUCCGCAGCUGGGAUGAGCUCCCGGAUGACAAAAGGGCAGACACUUACAUCCCAGUGAGCCUGGGCUGUCUGCUCCGCGACCCCCCUGAAGACUGCCGCAGCGACGGCGGCAGUAGCAGCGGCUGCAGCAGCAGCGCCGGAGAGCCCGGAGGGGCCGAAAGCAGCUUGUCCCCGCGCGCGCCGGAGCCUGAAACCCCAGAGCUUCACGACUCCGAAGGCACCGAUGGACAUCUGGCAGCGAUGCAGCGCCCGGUUGCCAGGUCAAAAAUCAAGUUCACCACCGGCAAGUGCGACGACUCCGUGAUUCACAACUGUGCCCUGUGUGGCAAGGGCUUCCGCCUGCUGCGCAUGCUCAACCGGCACCUUAAGUGCCACAAUCAGGAGAAGAGGUACCUGUGCACCUUCUGCAGCAAGGGCUUCAAUGACACCUUCGACCUGAAGAGGCAUGUACGCACACACACAGGCAUUCGCCCCUACAAAUGUGAGGUGUGUGGCAAGGCCUUCACCCAGCGAUGCUCCUUGGAGUCCCACCUGAAGAAGAUCCAUGGGGUACAGCAGCAGUAUGCCUACAAGCAGCGCCGGGACAAACUCUACGUGUGUGAGGAUUGCGGCUACACGGGCCCCACCCAGGAGGACCUGUACCUGCAUGUGAACAGUGCCCAUCCGGGGAGCACAUUUCUCAAAAAGACUUCCAAGAAGUUGGCGGCCCUUAUGCAGAACAAGCUGGCAUCCCUGCUUCAGGAGAAUGCCACCCUGAGUGAAGAGGAGGAAAAGAAGUGAAGAGUGAGGAAAAAAGCAGAGGAGAUACGCUGGCAGCACGUUUCCUCGGACUGUUGGUCAGAGGUGUGCCCCUCUGCUCCCCUGGGUCUUAUUAUAGUAACAAGUAUUCGGUCAGUCACCUCUCUUUUCUUUUGGGACAUCAACUGUAAGAAUCACCCCAAAGUUGUCAGUCAUUCUGCCACAACAGGCCCUGUACCCUGUGUAUUGUUUUUUGUUGACUGAGGUCACAUACGGGUUUGUGUGUGUGUGUGUGUGUGUGUGUGUGUGUGUCUGUCUGUCUGUCUAUCUAUCUGUCUCUGUUACGUGGUUUUUUCCUAGUAGAAUGUUC